AUGGCACCAGUGGCUCUAGCAUUAGCCGUUCUUCAGACUCCCGGAACCGUCUACGAUCCAUACAUACCUCUACUAGACCCUCGCUUCGAAAAAACAUCCCCGGAUAGCCAAAUCGACACGGAAUAUCCUUCCACCCCGUCAGAGGGCAAUGAAUAUGAUUGGCAAAUCGGUGUCCCCGGUUCUAAGAAGGAUGAUAUGGGCGAGGAGGCAAGACGGCGACAGAAAGAGUACAUUCGCGCGGCUCUGGUAGAAGGGCAACCAGGCAAAGUAAUGGCCAUCUUCCUUGAUCCGGCAAACAACGAUUAUAUCAUGCGUCAAUUACCCGCAACCACCUUCAUAGAGGCCCUUCGACUGCUAUCUCCCUCCUAUUUCGUCGAACCGUGGAGGAAAAUCCAACGAAGCUUCCAUUCUUCUGCCGCAUUAUAUGCCAAGGUUGAGCCACUAGAAAUGAUAUUCACCAAGUUUGCGAAGAAUCUCACAACGAUCGUCGAAGCACGACGUCAAGCGGGACAUACUCUAGGGCUUGCUGAAUAUACCCAUUUGCUGGACUGUGCCCGCUCGAUGGGAAAUGAAUCCAUGGCAAAUACCUUGUGGGAGAGCAUGAUUGCCGAUGGGGUCACGCCGGAUGUAUUAUGUUACAAUCACUACAUGGAGGCCAAAGUAUGGAACAUGGCAUUUAUUCCCAAGGAAAACCAUUCAUUAAGGUCAACGCCUUGGAUUUACCGAAAAAGGCGCCAGGGAACCAGUAAUCCGAAUUAUAGAGGAUACAAAACGGGGACAAACGGUGUACGUGAUGAGGUACAUGAUUUAUUCAAAGACAUGGUGGUACAUGGGCUAGAUGCCAACGAAUCCACGUUUAUACAACUGAUGAUAGCAUCCGGCCGUGAAUGGGAUAUCGCUUCUGUCAAGGAUACAUUGAAGACAGUUUGGAAUAUCGAUACUAGCCUUUUGCAAAGUGGCGAGGAAAACCUUCCUCCUGUUACUCCUUAUCCCACUUCAUCCCCUUUACACCCAACGGAUGAGCUCUUGCUGGCCGUAGCGCACAUCUUUUGCACGAACAAUGAUAUCUCGACAGCAUUACAGCUAGUUGACUUUAUCUCCGUCAGUUAUAACGUCCCGAUACCUCGGCGUACCUGGAUGGAACUUUUUGUCUGGUCCUAUAUUCUGUCUACUAAUAGAUACGGACCUAACCCGGAAGAUAACAUGCUAGGCCAUAUUCCCAAAGACUCCGUCAUCGGCAUUUUCAAAACAAUGACUUCCGAGCCUUACAACAUAGAACCUACACUACAAAUGUACGACGUUUUAACGAAGCUUAAUUGGGGCCGUCAAGCAGUAGAUCCUACGGAGAAGUUCAUGCGUGAUGGGCGAGAAUUAUUUAACACGACGCUGAAGAAACGACGCGCGUUGUCAAGGAACCUCAUUCAGGCGUGGAAGGAUAUGGAAGCUGAACAGAACAAUCACGAAGCCGGUUCCCAUUCGACCCGAGCCACUUCGCGCGGCUUAGGCCGCCAUGUCAACCCCCUUACCCUCACCCCUCCGCCCACGGCCUCGAAAGCGUAUUGGAAUUUAUAUCAUAGGUUCGAAAUCGUGCAGAUGGCAGCGUGUCGAGAACUUGACUAUCUUCAAAGUUGGGCACUCUUUAUGUUACUUCGAAGGCGAUGGACAGGUACCACAUAUGAAUGGGAAAGGAGAGGUCUUCCCGAUAUCGUGAAGGAAUGGAAAUUAUUCCUACCUCAUGUUGUGCGCUACCAUAUAACUGGCGGCAUGGUUGAAUUCGACCCAUCUCAGUUCUGGGGAGAUGACAGGCCAAUUCGGGCGACCCUCCAUCAUUGA